AUAGUUCAUUGCGCGCCUACGUCUCGUCAGUGGGUUUCCGCCAUCUUUGGUUUGCCUGAGUUUUCGCCACAGAUACUGCCCAGAAUCGCCUGCCAUCGCUCGUCGUUGAGGUGAUUGGCAAAGUAUCUCGCCAUGAGCGGAGGAACUCCGUAUCUCGGCAGCAAGAUAAGCCUGAUAUCGAAGGCUAAUAUUCGAUAUGAAGGUAUCUUAUACACCAUAGACACCAAGGAGGCUACUGUCGCCCUCGCGAAAGUUCGCUCGUACGGAACCGAGGACCGUCCGACGGACCGCCCCGUGGCGCCCAGAGAUGAAGUUUACGAGUACAUCAUCUUCCGCGGCAGCGACAUCAGUGAUCUGCAUGUCAGCGAGCCACCCAAGACAACCCAAUCCAACCAACCACAGGACCCAGCCAUAGUACAGCAAUCUGCCCCUGUGGGUGCCCCCCAGCAGCCAGGGUUCCAGCCACCAGGGUUUGGAGGCCCCCCAGGGAUUGGUGCAGGGGGUUACACCCCAUUUGGUGCAGGGAUGCCAUAUGGUAACUAUGCCCAUACUGCAUGGAACCAGCAGUACAGGGAUCGUGGCAUGCCAACAGGUGGGUCCCACCCAGGUUCCCGCGGUUCUACACCACCAUUGCGCAAGUCGCCCACGGUAGAGCAGGGUACCCAGGUGUCCGAGUCCAUGGCUCCAGGAGCCAAGAAAGAUGAGAACAAACAUGCACAGCAGAAACAGGCAGACAGGAAGGCUCCCGGCCAGAGGGCCUCCAGUGGACCAGGUCAGCAGCAGAACCGGUCUGCACAACAGCAGGGUCAGCAGAGCCGCCAGAACCAGCCUCGCAACCAGCAGAACAACCAGAACCAAAACCAGAGAGCACCCCUCCCCACGGCCGUCAGCGGUGGCCCCGCUGCCUUCCCCCACCAACAACCUACCCAGCAUGCCGAACAGCGACAGCAGCACUUCCCAGGAGCCUCUGCCACUGUCCGGGAAAACAGGGAACCCUUCCGUGCGCCCGGGGCUCCACAGGGUGCUCCGCAGCGUGGCCGUACACGUGGGAGGGGCGGCCCCCGAGGCGGCGGCCCCAGGCCACAAUCCGGUCCAAACCAGAACAGACCUGGCAGCCAAAACAGACCGCGGGAGCCCAUCAAGUUCGACACGGAUUUUGACUUUGAAAGUGCCAAUGCUCAGUUUGACAAGGAUGCCCUGUCCAAGGAAAUGGAGGAAAAACUGAAAAUAAGUAAGACAAAAACUGACAAGGACAAGGUGGUGAACGGGACUACAGAGGAGAAAGAGAAGGACGUGAGCGACUCCGGGAACGAGACCCAGGUUAGCGAGCAGCAGCAAGAGGAGGAGGAUGAGGAGAUCUACUACGACAAGACAAAGUCCUUCUUCGACAACAUCUCCUGUGAGGCAUCAGAGAGGGGAAAGAAGAGUGAAGGUAUGUUGCCAUCCUACAGCAGAAUGUCGUGGCAGGAGGAGCGUUCUCUCAACCACGAGACAUUCGGCGUAACCUCACGGAACUACCGUCGUGGGUACCGCAGUAGGGGCGGAUAUCGCGGAGGCUGGCGCGGCCGUGGCAGGGGACGUGGCGGCGGUGGUGGAGGAGGCAACAGAGGCGGCGGCCGGUCGUACGGAAACAGGAACAGAAACUCGCAGGGCUGGGUGGACUAUGAGUUUGACUACGAGGCAGCAGGAAUCAAGAAACCCCCGACAACAGCGUCAUCAUAACAGCAGAUAGCAAGUCAUCAGCAUCGUCAUCUGUGGAACAGUUGACACCACCUUCAGGGACUUUGAGCAAGCAGCACCACCUACAAACUAUUCAAGACUGGGACGUUCUUUAUUAACGGAGCAGGAUUCGGAAGAUGAAGGAUGAAAAGACAAUGGAGCUUACCACAAACGAAAACCUUGGGCUGGACUUCAACAGUCAAGAAUAACCCGACAAGUAUAAGUCCUAAGUCAUUCUUUGUGUCGAGAUUAGCGUGAUAAAUGUAAGGCUGUAGUGGACUGUUGAAGUGCUGCCUUAAGGUUAAGUAUUGGUCAAUGUAAAGUCUUAUGAGGGGUGCAGGGUCAUAGAAGUGGUAUAGCAUGAAAAAGAUGUCAAAUUGUACUGUGCAUUUAAAAGUAAAAGUCCCUGGAACCUUGUUUAAAAUUUGUUAAAAACUAUCAUGCAAUAGAAUGUUUGGUGUCCUAUCCCUUUUAAGAUCCUGCACCCCUCCCCUAUAUAUUUACAUUGGCAAGUCCACGGCAGGCACUAUGUACUGUCAACCUGUGAGUUUGUUACCUAGAUGGUCGUAAAGAUGCAAUGAUGUUUUCUGUCAGUACAGACUUUGCUGUGUGGUGAUAUAAAGACAAAGAAGUAAAGGAGCUAGAAUUGCAGAAGAAAGGGGACGGUGGUAUGACCAAAAGAAAUCAACCCCUACAGAUAUCCUAUGUACUUUUUGUAGCAGAAUCAAAAAUCACCAACCAGGCUGGAACACAAUAGAGAGAGAAACUGACACCAUCUUCUCAGAGAUACUUAAGAUUUGUGUCAGAAGGAAGUUAAAAAGUGGAUUUUGGACCAUGGCAAGGCAGACGUAAAACUGUCAAAUUGAGUUUACUCGUGUGCAGUCAGUGAAGAGAAGCUGGAAAAAGAAACAGUUUGAUUGAUCGGAAAAGGAGAUGUAUUUGGAUUUCCGUUGUUUGUUGACAAUUCCAGAGUGCCUCCCCCUUCUAACAUGACACUUUGUUAGAGCAAGAAAGCUGACAAAGUUGAACAUUCCAGUCGACUGCAAGUUUCGGGAGGACAUGAAAAAUGUGACUUGCCCACCACGGAAAUCACAACGUUGAUUCCUACCACUUGAAAAUAUUGAGGAAUGGUGCAUCCAAAUUGAUGAUUUGCAGUCAGAUAUGUAUUGACUAUUGUUUUCAUAACUCAUGGGAAGAGGGAGAACUUAUGUUUAGUUACAAGUGGUUGUCUGGAGCAAUGUUACAGAGGAACGCUGGUGGGAGAUUUCAGAUUAUUGGAGAAAUUAGUAGAAUUGUAUUAAUAAAAAGAAUGCACAGAGGGAUUUGCACCAUGUUUGAAAGAAAGAAAGACGGUUGAGUCUGCAUGCCACAGAGUAAACUAUUACCUAUGUUAGAGUAAAAUUUAUGUUGUCUUUUUGCAAAUUUUGGGCUUUACUGUACAAAAUAAGUUUGCUUCAAAAGAUAGCCAAACCAUGGUUGAAUUUCAGAGGCUUCAUUGUAUACCACUUCAGCUAUAUUAUAGUGUGUUGAACUACGCUGACUCUGCAGCCAUAUAUGGUAGCCCUUUUUCUCUUAUUUCUGAGCUUUAUUUAUCAGUGUCCAGAUGGAACCAUUGAGAUACAGUUUGUACGUGAUGUAGAAUGGAGUCAAGCAUGAAGUGGAGGCAGCAAUGGAAAUAAAUGCCUUUGAACAGUAUUUCUACCAUGUGAGCUGUGAUGUAUAUUUACAUCAAAUGACACUGAUUCGUAUCAGGUUAAUUAUUUCAACAAAGCCGAAUUACUAGUAGCAUUAUUGAACAUGCCUGCAUGCAGACAUACAAAUUCUUAUUUUCCAUAUUCCUUCAUUACCAUAAGCUGCACAGGGGAAUGAUGUUAAACUGUAUACCAUUGUUGCACACAUUAAAAGGCCUGACGAAUUUA